AUGGCUACGUACGAUAACAAAAUCUGGCUUUUAAAAAACAUACGGAACGCCUUUAUCGCCACAGAUGACACUAGUUUAUGUGAAAUAGUGAUGGCAGGGGAAGAUUUCUCAAAAAUCUUUAGAUCGACACAUACAACAACAGGAGAAAUAGAUAGAACAAGGUCUGAUGAAGAUGAUGAAAAGGAAUUUGUGACCCAGUUUGACCCAUACCCGGACAUGGAAGACAGUGAAGAUGAUGAUAUCGGUGGCAGCUAUAUCCGUUAUGAAGAAUUUGGUGGACAUAGACAACGAUCAAAUACUGCUCAGUGGCUAGACAAAAAGGAACAAGCUUUAAAAAAGGCAGCAAAGAUUAAAGUCAUAAAAUGGGAAGACCCAACUCAACUAACAGCAGACGAUGUUGCAGAGCUAUUCGUGAAAUCUGCAGUUAUAAAACCUACAAAACAAAAGUCUUUAUUAGCUGAACAACUUGAAAAAUGCCCAGAAUUACCUCACCACCAAUAUCUGGAGUAUGCAAAGUUUGAUGGAACCGCACAACUAGGAUUGCCAACAAAAUCGUUUAAGAUAUUCAUGACAAUGCUGCCAGAAAAGCAUCAGAACUAUCCUCUAGUUGUGUGUGUUAUAGCCAGUGCCAAAAUUAAGGAUUUGAUUGGAUUCACAUGCUAUAAAUACAGCAUUGAACACCCUGAAGCAGUACUAGGCUCUGUCCACAACUACGGACUUUGUAUAGCAGAAGAUGACGGUGAAGUUGACUGGGCAUUCCCUUGUCUCGACUCCAAUGAACCGUGCUCAAAGUUUGGUUUCACAUGUCUCGGCCUAGUUGACUUAAAGAAUAAAAACUCUUUAAUACAGCCUCCCUUACCUUUACCUGAAGAAGGAAUGACUUUUGGUGGAGUGUUCUCAGGAUUCCCAAAAGCAACAGAUUCUGGACAGAGUAACCAGAAUCCUUCAAGACAUAAUACUGGUGGGAGUGCUACUUCUGAAGCUGUUCGUAGGGCUUUGAAUGCUGUUAAUGAAGAAAGAAGAGCAGGAUUUGAUGCAGAUACUAAAAUACGGCACAUAAUGACGGCAGAAGCGCCACAAUACAAAACGUAUAAAGUGCAAUUGUUACGAAAAGUCAGAACGAAUAUACCGGUCCAACUUGGAAUAUCAUUAGAUAGGAUAGAAGUUGAACCACUUGUUGCACAAAAACAUGUUUUUUGGGCUCGAUCAAAGUACUUCCUGCACAGUAUAGACUCUGUAGCCUGGUGUCAAAUAUUGGAAGCCAAAGCCAACAAAACUACGUUUAGGAUAGUUUAUUCGCCUAGUCAUAACACCCCUUAUAGUGAAAGAGGAAGUGGAGGUACAUCAAAUUUCUUCUAUUCAAAUAUAACGUACAAGCUCCAUGACUUCGAAUGCGAUCACGAUACGGCCAAGGAGAUUGUGGACAAAGUCAACACCAUUUUAGACUUGCGGAACAGCCCGUGCCGUCGCGAAUAUAAGACUGCAAAAGAGAAAAAGCUUCACAGCAGAAGGAGUUUUCAUUCAAAGCAUUUGAGCUGAUUUUUGCAUUUAGUAUGUAAUAAGGCACAUUUGUACCAAGUAACAAUUUGCUUGCAAGUUGAUAGAUCAACAUUUGAUUAUUGUAAAGUGGGGUUAUUUGUGAUAUUUAAAGUAAAACUUUAUCAUAUAUACAAACUUGUAUUCCAUUACUACAGUACGCAAAAUAGCAUGGGAGUAUAGGGAAUAUGUCAAUUUGGAUUUAGUUAUUAUUAGGCAAGUUUUUCAGGACUGUAGAAUCAGAGAUAUUCGUAUAUCAUGUUACUGUUUUUUUUUUAUGAACCAACUUGCAUGCAACUUGUCGCUUGCCCAUGAAAAACGCGCCUCUACUUCGUGUAAUGCAAGCAAACUUUAAUGCGGUGAAUUCUCAAUAGUUCCUAGUGUUCUUUAUAUGAUUGUGAAACCAUGCUAUAUUAAAUAACUCUCGUCUGAAAAGAUUAGACUUUAGCCGCGCGGUAGACAUGUAAACAAUACGGCGCGGCAGACCGAGCGAGGUUUGUGAAUUUAAACAGGGCAAAAUUUUAAAGGAUCGACAUUGAUUUAUUCCUACUAAAUACCGCUAAAACAACAGAAUUAGAAGUUUCCCGUCACGUUUUACUCUGUUCGAAAAGACUAGGUGCAUAGUCACACGAGUCGCAUUUCGACUAAUUUCCAAUUGCUAUUUAGUUGAGAUGCAGUCGAAUUGCAGUUCAUGUGCCUACACACCAACUUGUAUCUAUAACCGUCCUUCCUCAUGCCUAGCGCACCCAACUAGCUGCGCGAAGCGUAUAAUAUAAGGAUAAUAAAUUAACUAUAAAAAGUUUUAACAAAUAUCGAUCCAUCUUUCGCCUAAAAUGGAAUAUAUAGUACGUGGUUAGCCUUAUGAUUAUGUAACAAUAUAAUCUACCUCUCGCAACACUGCCUAAUACCUAUUGCUAAUUUUACCUAUAAUCUCAUAUGCAUUUUUAUUUGUGUGUAAAUACUCUUAAGUAAACGCAGGGCUGAGUGGCUUAGUCCUGCCGGCUAAACGCUUAUUGACUGAGCCGGAAGACAGAAUAUUAAUGCCACAGGCUGCUCUUCGGGUAGCCAACUGAAGAACCGAGACUUACAACAAUAAACCCAUUAAUGGUUCCACAUUGUAUUUUGGCUUUAGUGGAAACUUGCCCUAAAGCCUCAUGGACCCUGCCGAUAAAUUCGCGCUUCAGCUAUUUAUCUAAGCAUAUUUACAGAAUGUCCUGUAAGUGCAGUGGAUAUGCAAAGGAGAAAAAGCUCAAGUCGGAAUUAACUUUUGUUUGUGAAAUCUUUUAAAACAAACAAUCACAGUGGAAAAUGUAGGUGGUAGCUUUCAGUUUGCGCUAUCACCUUGUAUGUUAUCCUACCAUUUACAUUGUCGCUUACAACGCUAUAAUAAUGGCGUAUUUAUAAAUUGAUUUAACUUACUAUUAAUUAAUUGAUGAAGUGCUGUGUAAUUUCAUUCUGUGUAACAUUUUUGUAUCAAAAUUAAUUAUAAAGUACGCCCAUUCGCAACAAAGGGGACUAAAUGAUACCAUAUCUGUAUGAAAACUCUUCGAGUCUUCGCUAGUGCGAAUUUGUCGGCGUGCUGCAUAGUUAUUGCUAAAAUAUGGUCCCAGUAAGUUCAACAAUUUUGUUGUCCAGUAUCUUGAGUCUAUUACUCAGCCAUCCCAAUGCAUUUUGUUAUGUUUAAGUUAAAGUCCAAUUGGUUUUGGAUAGUGUAAUGUUUUGUAUACUGUAACUUAAAUGGGUUUGGUCGACAACUUUAUGUUGAAUUUUAUAAUUUGUGUAAAUAUGUAUAUUAUACAAAAAAACAUUAUCAUUUUUUUAAUAACUUAUUUGAAUUUGUAAGUUCCAAUUCGUUUUAAUAGCGUUUUUAUAUGUUAUGUGAAUAAUUUCAAAGUAUUAUAAGUAGAUUUUGAUUAAUUCCACCGAAUUUAGAAAUAUGUAAUAAAAUGAUUUUAAAUUUGUAUUCUAUUCACCAAAUAAUUUUAUUAUAUUCUUAAGAAUUUUAUCCUCAGAUGUUUCUCAGUGUUCAAUUAAUUAUUUAUCGAUGAAUUGUUAU